ACUUCAACGUCCAAACCCAACCUAAAUCUAAAGCACUCGGACGUCACUUCGCCUUUUUAAAGCUUCUUCGGAAAAAUAUAAGUGCACAGACAAUCCACUUUCCUGAGAAACCCAAUUCCUCAAAUCCCAGAUCCUUACCCCCAAAAUGUCGAAGCAAUUCAACGUCCCGCCCGUUAUUUUCCCUUCCGGUGGAGACCCACCUGGAGGCCCCACAUCCGCAGCCCUACGGCGCCCAACGCCGCCGUUUCAGCCACGCCCACCCGCCACGAACCCCAUCCCUUUUCUGUCCUUUGACGUGGGCUCCGCCGCUCAAUCUACCUCCUUCGCUACCCCUCAUCUCGGCCCAACAAUCACCACCGCAAGCUCAAACUUCGACGAAGAACCGCCUCUUCUCGAAGAACUCGGCAUCAACACAAAGCAAAUCUGGAGCAAAACGAUUUCGAUACUCAACCCGUUUCGCCCAAACCCGAAUCUCCACUCCGAGGCGGACCUCUCGGGUCCGUUCCUGUUCUUUUUAGCUUUUGGGCUUUUCCAACUGCUCGCCGGGAAGAUCCAUUUUGGGAUAAUCCUCGGGUGGGCCACCAUCUCUGCUGUUUUUUUGUACACAGUGUUCAACAUGCUGGCCGGGCGGAACGGGAGCUUGGAUUUGUACAGGUGCUUGAGUCUGGUCGGUUACUCUAUGCUGCCGAUGGUGCUUCUAUCGGCGCUCGCGCUGUUCGUGCCGCAAGGCGGGCCGGUCAUUCUUGUUACGGCGGCAGCUUUCAUUGCGUGGUCGACGCGGGUUUGUGCAAGGCUUUUGUUGGAGGCAGCGAGAUUGAGUUCAUAUGCUGUGAGUGGGAGGAGUGUGUGCAUGUACGUGAUUGUAAGAAAGGAGGGGGCUUAUACGAGGUAGCGCGACUCUAUGAAAGAGAGAAAGACUGCGUGUGUUAAUGAGAUAGUGUGGUGGCUUAUAUUAUCCGUCUUAGGGAUGAAAUUUCACUAUAAUUGUUCAAAAGCACAUUGGUCCUACUCAAUGCAAAAAAUAAUUCCUUGAAUUUAUGUGCCGAAGAGAUUACGAGUACAUUCAUGAAGGGUGGAAAAAUAUUGUUCGACUUUUGAAGGUUGGGUGUCAUGUAGACCUUGAUUUUGGAUACCUGAAUAAUGCAAGAACUAUUGGACAUCUUGGAGUGUCAUUGAUGUGGUGGGAUUCUAGGAUGAACAGGGUGAGAUUUCGGCUGGUGAUGCUACCUGGAUUUGCAUCUGUUGAGGAAUCGAUGCCUUUAAACCUGAAUAGUUUUGGUCACUAUAGUAUCUACUUGUUGGUAAGUUUGCAGUGGAUAACAUGUUUUCCUUGAAGCGGUACAGUCACCAAUUCAAAACUUCAGAUGAAACAAUUUUUUCUGUUGGAUGCCAUGUUUGGUGGCAUGGGUCCAUUUCAUGUUUCUAUAGUAGGAACCGGUGAUGCUGCUUGGUAAUGUUGGUGGAGGCUGAGUGGAGCGGUUGCUGUCGCUCGUUUUGAUGAUGAGGGGUUUCUGCUUUUACAUGUUGGUGACAGUGACAUUGCUGCUACUAAUAUAAUUGAGUGUGCUUAAGAUUUC